AUUUCAGGACAAUGGGCAGUGCCCGUCAUAUUGCGUGCGAUAAAGACUUCCCUUCAAAUAACUCGUCCAGCGAUAUUUUGCUAGAAAACUGUACAAACCCACCCCCGGAAAAAAACUAUUUCUCCACAGCAGUAGAUGGCAGUAAAGUGCCUUGUAUCCAAUGUGCUAUUCUCUAGAGAUAUCCAGCAAAGAGAAACAAAGUUGCGCUUUCUGUUGUGGAUUUUGAGAGGAGCCACAAUUUACAUGUCAGCGACACCAUCUGUCGUUUCGCUUUUAUUUUACAAUAAGGAUAGAGUUUUUAAGCAGUGUUUAGUGUUCUUUUGAAUGCAGGUCUAUGCAAAUUCGAUACGCUGUUUUUACCCGAAUUCUUUGCAGAACCCAACGUUUUAACUGCGCAAUAAAUAAUACGCGUUUGCAGAUGCUGUUUACCCAGACGGUGCCUGGUGCAAUAUAUUUGCUUGCUACGGUUUCCGUUCGACUUGACAGAUACAUAACACUAGUUAAAGUCAUUUUGGUUCCUCAUUAUCCUACAAGAUGUCUAUGGAACUGGAUGUGUUUGUGGGGAACACAACUAUCAUGGAUAUGGAAGUCUAUCAGCUUUGGUUGGACGGCCUCACAGUGAGUGAUGCAGUGAAGGUGCGGAUGGAUGAGGGGGCAUUAUUGGAGUGUGAGGCGAAUGCAGAGGUGCUGACCAGCGAUACCAUGGACCAGUUUAGAACGUUCCAGAUGUGUGAGCGUCUCUUACACUCCCCCACCAAACUGGGCAGUCAGCUGCUGUAUCAGAUCCCGGCCCAGAACCAGAGAAUUCUCAUUGAAAGGUACUAUGAAUUUGACAGUGUGUUUGCCAGAGAGGUGCUGGGGAAAAAGCUCUCCAAAGGGACCAAAAAAGACCUGGAUGACAUCAGCUGUAAAACAGGGAUCACACUGAAGAACUGCAGGAGACAGUUUGACAAUUUCAAGCGGGUGUUCAAAGUGGUGGAGGAGCUCAAGGGCCCACUAGUGGAGAACAUACAGCAUCACUUCUUGCUCUCCGACACACUGGCAAGGGACUAUGCUGCCAUUGUGUUUUUUGCAAACAGCCGCUUUGAGACAGGAAAGAGGAAGCUACAGUACCUCUCAUUCCAAGACUUUGCCUUCUGUGCAGGCCAGCUCAUCAGUUACUGGACAAUAGGAGCAAUGGAUAGCAUGAUGGAGGAUAUGGAUGUUGACCUGGAGAAAGAGUUUCUGCAUGAACUGAAAGAUCUCAAGGUUUUGGUUAAUGACAAAGACAUGAUGGACCAACAUAAAAUCCUGGUGUGUGCUGCUCUGCGGGGAAAGAUCAAAGUCUACAAGUUGAUGGAGGUUAACUUCAAAAAUCUUUCUAGAGCCCUGAUAAACCUUGCAUCUAAACUUACACAUACCAAAGAUGUCAGAGAUUUAUUCAUCGACCUUGUGGAGAAGUUCAUAGAGCCAUGUCGAUAUGAUAGAUGGACAGUGGCAGAGAUCACACUCUUCCUCACUCACUACACCAAUGCCGCUCACUGUCUUGGCACGUUCAGGCACCAGAGGAUUUGGGACAGAUACAUGGGCGUCAUUAAAAGCUGUAUCCUCCAAAUGUACCAUGAAUAGGUAGAUCCCUGGUCUGGACCUCCUCUCCUGAUUUGAGCUGUAUCACAGGAGGCUGCUGAGGGGAGGAUGGCUCAUAAUAAUGGCUGGAAUGGAAUGUUAUCAAACACGUGGAAACCAUUUAUUUGAUGUGUUCAAUACCAUUCCAUUUAUUCCGUUCCAGCCAUUACUAAUAGCCUAUCCUCCCCAAUUAAGCUUCCACCGGCAGCCUGUGAUCUGUAUUGAUCUUACUGUGAAUCUGUCUUCCCUUUGGCAUUUUUUGGUAACUACCUCAGCCCAGUGCAGUCUACUUCUCCACCUCUCCCUGAUCAAAAUGAACUAUCUGUCUCCAUCUCCUUCUAUCUCUUCAGUCAGUCCCCCUGUAAAUAUACUGACUGAACUGAAUACUUUUCUGAUGUGUAAAUUGUGACUUAAACGAAGUAAACAUAUUUGUUUUAGAAA